AAGCUAUGAUUGUUGCUUGUUGUAUCCCGGUUUGUUUAAGUAAAACAAAGAUUUAAAAAUCACAUUCUUUUAAAUAUAAAAAUGUCAGCCUGUGAAUCUCAAAAGCCGGAGGUAUCAAAAGACAAUGUAUCAACGAACUCAACUGACGAGGGACUGCCUCGAGAAUUGAGUCAACUUAGCCUUUCAAGCGGAUCAAAUUCAGAUGAAUUCCAUUGUAAUAAAGGACAUUCCGAAACAACAAUGAAAAAUAUUUAUGGAUACUAUCAAUCUCAAAAACUUUGUGACGUUGCGUUAAUUGCUAGCGGUUGUAGGAUACCAGCACACAAAGUUGUAUUAGCAUCAUGCAGUGAAUAUUUUGCAGCCAUGUUCACUGGCUCUCUAAGAGAAGCUCAAUCAUCAGAAAUAACUCUUGAGAGAGUUGACUCACAGGCACUUAGAUCACUUGUACACUAUUGUUAUACAGGCAUUAUAGAGUUAAGUGAAGAUACUGUUGAGAUACUCCUGUCAACAGCGAGCUUGUUGCAAUUGCAUUCAGUAACAAAAGCAUGUUGCGAUUUUCUUGAAAAGCAAUUGGACCCAUGUAAUUGUUUAGGAAUAGCUUUAUUUGCUGAACAACAGUCAUGUAUGGGUUUACAUAAAAGUGCUUUGGAAUAUACAUACCAACAUUUCAUGCAGGUAGUAAAGCAACAGGAAUUUUUAACUUUACAUGUGGAUCAGGUGGCAAAUUUACUUAAAUGUGAUGAUCUCAAUGUCAUGACAGAGGAAAAUGUGUUUGAAAGUCUUAUGGCCUGGGUGCAGCAUGAUAAUGCUAGUAGAAAACAACACCUGCCAGCAUUAUUAAAACUAAUUAAACUGCCACUUUUAUCGUCGGAAUAUCUUAUAGACAAAGUUGAGCAAUUAUGUGGCGAGGUAACAGAAUGUCAACCACUUAUAAUGGAGGCAGUGAAAUGGCAUCUUCUGCCUGAAAGGAGAUCGAUGUUGUUUUCUCAUAGAACAAGACCAAGGAAAUCAACGAUAGGGAGGCUUCUGGCCAUAGGUGGGAUGGACGGAUACAAGGGUGCCAGCAAUAUGGAAAUGUACGAUCCACGAACAAACACUUGGACGCCAUUUAUGAAGAUGGGUGCUAGAAGACUUCAAUUUGGUGUUGCCGUGAUGCAAAACAAACUUAUAGUUGUCGGAGGAAGAGAUGGAUUAAAAACUUUAAAUACAGUGGAAUGUUUUGACCUGACGUCUCUCAGUUGGAGUACCCUAGCUCCUAUGAACACUCACAGACAUGGUUUGGGUGUGGCUGUCCUUGGUGACGGACCCAACUCGCCAAUAUACGCUGUUGGCGGACACGACGGAUGGAUAUACUUGAAUUCAGUGGAAAGAUGGGAUGCCUGUUCACGUACAUGGACAAUGGUGUCAGCUAUGGCGGGCGCUCGUAGCACGUGUGGCGUAGCGGCGCUACGAGGCCGCCUCUACGCGGUGGGGGGAAGGGACGGUGGUGCCUGUCUGCGAUCCGUUGAGUGCUACGAUCCAGCUACCAACCACUGGACAAAUUGCGCGCCGAUGACACACAGACGUGGCGGUGUUAGUGUUUGCGCUGCAGGAGGGUAUUUAUACGCAUUAGGGGGACACGAAGCCCCCGCUAACACUGUGGGUGGAAGACUCGCUUGUGUGGAACGAUAUGACCCCAUCACUGAUAGCUGGGUGCUACUAGCAAGGUUGUCUUACGGACGUGACGCCAUCGGAAGUUGUCUACUAGGUGACAGAAUAGUCGCUGUCGGCGGUUACGACGGUGUGCAAUAUCUCUGUGUGGUGGAGGUUUACGAUGCGGAGGCCAACACUUGGAAGAAGCUGUCACCAUUGAGUACCGGGAGGGCGGGCGCAGCGGUGGUAGCGGUGCCGCCUCCACGCAACCUCUUGUGAUACACAAACGGCUCGUGUGUGGACGAGUGUGACUGAUGUGUGCGUGGAGCGUCCAUUUUAAUGCGCGCGUGUGUGAUACUGUACUCGCAUACGUCCUUUGCGUGUGUGAGUGAAUCAAAGAAUGUGUGCGUGUAAGGUAUGUCAUAGCGACGUGCACUAUUUUGCUUGUGUGUAUGUAGAAUACACUUGCACGCAUACUACAAUCGUACGUGCUCGGAUUCGUGUAAUUCCCUCCUAAUAGUCGACAACUAUAGUACAACCUAAUUCUUUUAAUGAAUACAACUUUUCUAUUCUAUGAUUUCAUGGAUUACGGAAAAAAAACCCAAUAGGAUUUUCACAAUAACACUAUAUAUCUUUCCUUUAGGCGUUAUUUCAUUAAAAAUAGCAUUUACUGAAAUCUUAUAUAGAGAUUAAUGCUUUAAUAACCUCUCUCCAGUAACUGCCUUUUUGUUAAGUGCUGUUCGUGUUCGUAGAACUUUGAAUGCAGAUCUCAUAGGUUCGAAUAGAUCUUAAAUUACGUUACUCUGUAGGCGUAACACCUAAGCUCCAUCUGGUGGUGCGUACGAUGUAAUUUAGACCUUACGAUUUUAGACUUAUUAUAUAAAUUUACUCUAGUAAAGAUAAAAAAUAGUCAUAUUUACUCAUCACAAAAUGCUAUUUUCUUAGAAAUCAUAUAUAUUUUGCAUGGAAUUCUAAAGGAAUUGUCAAUAAUACAUUGUAGAAUUAUAAAAAUGGCCUGCGAAAUAGUAAUAUCUUUAUAAUUAUAUACACUACCAUACGGUAUGGUAUUUAUGAUUUUUAUUUCUAAUUUUAUAUUCCUUUUUCAAUGUCGUUUCAUUCUAUAAGACAAAGGAAAUACAUUUACAAAACACACACACAUAUAUAUAUAUAUAUAUAUAUAUAUAAUAUAUUUUUUACAUUGAUUUUUCAUCUCACACAUUACAGGGAAUGUUCGUAUGUUAUAUAUAUAUAUAUCGAAUUAGUUAAUUUAUAGACUAAUCAAAUGAAGCUUUUUAUAAAAAUUUAUCGUCAUACAAUUUAAUGUAGUAAUUGUUUUGAUAUUUCGAUUUGAAAAAUCAUAAAGAUGUAUCAACAAUACAAUUGAUCUCAUUAUUGAGAGCUAUCAAGGCUUUUCAUGAUACAUAUGCUUUAAAGCACACGUUUUAAUUUUUAUUUUGUGCUAUAAACAAUUUUAAUGAUAGAGUAUAAUACAAGAUUACUCAUUCAAAAUGCAUAUACAUUGUUCUUGAGAAAAAGGACGUCACACAAGACAUUCGUGAUAAUAUAUUUAUUUAUAUUUCAUGAAACUUACGCAUCGUCUUAAAAAAAAGGUAUUAUAUUUUUGUAAAUUACUUGUACAAUCAAUGUUAAUCAAAAAUUAACACUUUAAUAUUUUCUUCGAUUUAACUUGUUCGUUUCAUUAAAACCUACUAAGUGAUCAAUUAAAUAAUAUCCAAGUGUUCUAAAUUUAAAAAUUUAAGACGUUCUAAAGAUAUGCCAGUUUUGAUUUCAACUUCAUUCUAUUUUGAGGCUUUUGUUAUCUCGGUAACGAUUUUUAAAUAAUUCCCUCUUGACAGUAUUAUUUGUCACAUGACUACUUUUGGAAUAUUCCUGUGAUGUUAUUGAUAAUAUAGGCAUAAGUUAGUUCUUAAUAUUUUACUUUGAUAACUUGAAUCGUGUUAUAUCGAAUAUAUUAAUUGCUUUGCUCCGUACUAUUAGAUAUAAUGUAAUAGGGGUGUUUUUUUAUGUGUUACCAUUACAAAAAAAAUAAAUACUAAUGUCUUUUUAUUUACAACAAAUUAUUUUUAUAACUAUAAAUGUGUUUAAAUUAUUUUUGUAAUUGUGAAAUUGAAUCAAAUGUUUUAAAAUUUAGACUGAGUUUUUAAACAUUAACUGUCACUUAUUCUAUAUAAUAACUAAACAAUUAUUACGUAACUACCAUUACGUAGUGCUUCAACUAGCCUCUGAUAAUGUGAGACACCCCUAUUAUUGUGUGAUGCUAUAUGUUAAGGUUAGUUAAAUGUUGUAUUCUCAUUUAGAUUAUUUUUCUUAAGCUAUAAAUCAUUGGCGAAAAUAUGUUCCUACUUUUAAUAUUCGGACGAAAUAAUGUUUUAUUUUUCUUAAAUACAUUCGUUAAAUAAUGACAAAAUUAAUGUUUUUCUUAUUCAAUAAAUCUUGCAAUUGAAGAAAAUGAAAUUGAUAAGAUUUUAUUAUAUUAGACUGAUAAUAUUAAUAAAAUUCAAUUAAGAGAAAAAUGUACUUAAAAAUUAUUUAAAUGUGUAAUUAGGCACAUAAUUAUAUUUUAGUAAAAAAAUAAAAAGUUUGAGACAGUG